AUGCGAGAGCCCAGUGCGGGGGACCUGGCCGCCGUGUCCCAAGCUGGCUUGUCUCCCCGCUUGGCUGGUGAAGCCCUUACCGCCGAGCUAUGUGAAAAGUGUAGGAGUUUCCAGAGUAUAAUACCAGCUGAAGAACAAGGUGUUCUGUGGUUGUCCAUUGGGGCCGAAAUCCUGAAUAUCCUUCUGUUGUUGACAAGUGCCAUCCUCCUGGGCUCCAGAGUGAGUUAUCAUGGCUCUGGGCUCCACUGGCUCAGGGUGGACGCAUCUGUGGCCAUCCUCAUGGUGCUCGCAGGGCUUCUCAGCAUGGUGGCCCACAUGAUGUACACAACCAUUUUUCAAAUCACUGUGAACCUUGGACCAGAAGAUUGGAAGCCUCAGACGUGGGACUACGGCUGGUCCUACUGCCUCGCGUGGGUUUCCUUUGCCCUCUGCAUGGCUGUGUCGGUCAUGGCCAUGAACAGUUACACAGCAGCCCGCCUGGAGUUCAUAGAGAAGCAGAGGAUACGGAAGGGCAGUCGGCACUCUCAACAAAACUUCCCAGAGCCCAAGGCUUUGGAAAGUGUUUGGGAAACAAAAGCUGCUCCCAGCCCUGACAGGCAUGCCCUCGUGAGUGUGUCAGAGCACCUGCCACCAAAUGACGCAGGCAAAGUGUCCAUGUGCUAG